AUGGCUGUCACUGCUACUUUUCUUCUUUCAUCACAACUAACCGAACCAUUAUCACGUCAACCUCAUCAAAAAUGCAAUCGAUCUUUCAAGAAAAUCCGAUCAAUUGUUCCGGUGGCAAAAUUGUUUGGACCAGCUGUAUUUGAAGCAUCAAAGUUGAAGGUACUGUUUUUGGGUGUAGAUGAAAAGAAACAUUCUGGAAAUCUUCCAAGAACUUAUACACUUACGCACAGUGAUAUCACUUCUAAGCUUAUUCUUGCCAUCUCUCAAACCAUUGAUGGAUCACAGGUACAAGGUUGGUACAACAAAUUACAAAGAGAUGAAGUAGUUGCAGAGUGGAAGAAGGUUAAAGGAAAUAUGUCUCCACAUGUUCAUUGCCAUAUAAGUGGUACUCAUUUUCUUUUGAAUCUCCUUGCAAGGCUCAGAUUCUACAUCUUCCGCAAAGAACUUCCUGUGGUAUUGAAAGCAUUUGUACAUGGAGAUGGAAAUUUGUUUCAGAACUACCCAGAGUUAGAAGAAGCUUUAGUUUGGGUGUAUUUUCAUUCAAAUCUGCAAGAAUUCAACAAGGUAGAGUGUUGGGGUCCGUUAAAGGAUGCUGAAGCACCGUCAGACUGGAUCAAGUCAGAUUAAAACUUUAGAUGAUGACACCGACGAAUUAUAAUAGAAAUUAAUUACUCAAGUUGUGUUAACUUUGUCUUCAGUUCUAUGUCUGUAGCGAGCUCAAUCGACCAAGUUUUUUGCUAUUUUCUGGUCUGGGCGCAACCAAUUUCUUAGUAGAUGCGGAGACUACAUUCGUUGAUCUACUCAAAAUAAUGUUAAUGUAUCUGCACUGUUGCACAAUUUACUAGCCUAGGGAAUCCAUUAGAAGCAAAACUUGAAACGUUUUAGAAUGUAAACUCAUCACCAUAAACACAUGGGUCGGCACCAGUGACUUGUCAGUGGUUUGCGCUUGCAUACUUCCAAUUGCUUUAGGUCCCAUUCAUGUGGGGAAGUUCCCAUUACUAUGGGAAACAAUAUUUAUUGGCUUAUGUGGGUUUGGUGAGGUAG